AUGACGCGCGCGCAUCGCUUUCUCAUGUGUUCCCCGCUUCGGCUAUCACCGCUCGCCAUGGCAUGGCAGGCGGCGUAUGGCCUGUCUCCUGACGCCAUCAGCCCGCCGGCGGAGGUGGUGCUGCCGGCCUCCGUGCCGGCCGCGCCCCACCUGCAGGACUGCAGCGCGCGCACGGCCGCGCGGGAAGCGGCGGAGAGCAGGGGGCGCGGGGGGGAGGAGCCGCAGUGGGCACGCGGGGGCGAGUGCUGCGAGUGUGGCCCGCAGCCCCCGUGGGUGACAGGCUCGGACGCAUCAAACCUAGCGCUGACGCGCGUGGCACAGCGGGACCUGUGGCGCUCGCAGUUCCCCGCCACGUGUGAGGGGCGGCGCCUGCUGGUGGUGGAGUGGGCGUGCCCGUACCACGGCACGGGGUCCAUGGUGCACGUGCUCAGCGCUCACUUCAGCAUGGCCCUGCGCUCCAACCGCACGCUUGUUGUCAGGGACAAGUCCUUUCACCGCGCUAAUAAUGCCGCGUGCACGGCCCUGGGGCAGGAGGGCGAGUGGGAGUGCUACUUCUUCCCCAUAACCGCGCCAGACUGUCGCCGCAUAGCCAUGGCAGCGCUAGCCUCACCCUCGCCCGCCGUGCCGUGGCUGUCAUCCAUGGCGUCCGACUGGGAGGCGCUGCUGCUGUCCGAGGCACCUGUGCUGGCGUGCAACGACUCUGGCUUCCAUGCCGAUGUGCUCGCUAAUAAGUUGUGGGGUCCGCCAGCGUUUGAGCGGCCAGUGACUCUAGAGGAGGUCAACCACACGCAAGUGCCUCACAACAACAGAAACUGGGACCUGCUGUUCCUGCAGGAGUUCCGGUGGUGGCGGGCGCAGGUGACGCGCUUCCUCUUCCGCUGGCCCUCGGCACACCUCUGUCACUUCAUCAACCGCGCGCGCCACGACGCAUACGGCCUCUCCGUGGCCCAGCAACUCGCAGCAGCCGCCGCCCAGCAGAGCAGCAUCCUCCUCGCCUCCCCGCCCGGGAAUGGAGGGGGUGGUGGUGCUGCCGUGGGGAUGGUGGCAGCGGAGGGGGUGAGUGAGGGAGAGCGGCAGUAUCUGGCAUCAGUGGGUGUGGAAGCAGCGGGGGGAGGGGGCUUGGCACAGGAGUGCUGGCCCAUGGCAGGCCUUGCUGCUUGCACCACGUGUGUACACGGGGAGCCGUUCAUACCCCGUCCGUACCUGAGUGUGCACGUGCGGCUGAGCGACAAGGGCUCUGAGAUGGCGCUGCGCUUCUUCCCCUCCUUCCUCUUCUUCGCCUACAAGAUCCGUGCCCAUGUGCCCAACCUGCACCACGUCUGGCUCUCCUCUGAGAUGCAGUUCAUAAUAGACGAGGCCGCCCAGUACCCUGACUGGACCUUCCUCUUCACCAACAGCAGCCGCGUGCGGGACGCACAGGAGAUGGCAGACCAGGUGCAGUUCAACCGCCAGCCGCACAUGCCCUUCAUCUUCGCCAACCUCGUUAUAAGCUCGCAGGCGGAUUACUUUGUGGGCGCGCACGCGUCCAACUGGAACCAGCUUAUUAACGAGUUGAGACAGACAGGAGGGCGCUUGCAUGCGGGGUAUCUUGCGCUGAAUGAUGCGUGGUAG